AAAAAAAAAAAAGAAAAAAAAAAAAAGAAAGAAAUUCCAAAAAACUGGUUGUUGGCACCUUUUUGGCUGUUGCUCUUGUGGCGUUUUCGGACAUGAGCGAUCGUAGCGGUGUUUCGACGUCGCAGCCAGCACUGAUGCACGGACCGAACGACGGAUUAUGGUCGGCAGCGACAUCCUCAUCGCAGAGCGUUCUUAGUCAUGAUGAAGGUCAUCAGCUCGAGAUUGCUGUGAUUGAAUCGACCAUGAUGGUGUAUGAAUUUGAUAAAAAGAAGAACCGAAAGCGCCGGCGAGCUCUAUCUGUAUUCAAUGUGAUUGUUGAAGAUAAACGGCAAAACCUGAGUCUUGUACGCUAUGUGUUUGACUUUAUUGAGUUUGAUCAAAGGAUCAAAGCACAUUAUCGUCGAUGCAAACUUUCCUUGCCCCAAUUGACGCAGCCGGAUCUUCUCAUGAAGCGCAAGGGAUUUCGAUCAUUUCUCCUCAGUUUCUCCAACAAGUACCAGAAAUCCAAUUCAGAAAAGAUCGAAAUUUAUCUGAGGCGAUGUGCGCUCGAUCCGGUCAUUGGUCGCUCAUCUUUACUCCGUGACUUUUUGUCUGCUCAACGCGAUGAAGAUCGCGUGGCUUCCAAGCAACUCAUACAGAGCUAUGUUCAUCGCCAACUGAUAGAGAAUGAAAGGAAUCAAAUGAUGUGCGAUUUCACAUUAAGCCCUCCAUCUUCUCGCACCCCUUCCGUCAUUUCCAUGCAAUCCAUCCAGCCGCAGCACUCUAAUUUCACUUCGUCAGUAUAUCGAGGACGACGGUCUUCUUCCAUCUCACUUUCCUCCAUCUCUUCCAACCAUUCCGUUCUGUCCAUUGCCAUGUCUGACUCUCACGUUUACCGUCAUCGUCGAGCAUCUGAAUUGGAAGAUCCCAUGCCCGAUUCUUCGCAUCAACAUCACGACGGCAAGAUCUCGAUUCAAGAUUUCCAAUUCAUCAAGGUGUUGGGAAAAGGGUGUAUGGGCAAGGUUCUACUGGUACGACAUUUACAAACAUCCCAGCUAUUGGCUUUGAAAGCGAUCAGCAAAGAAUGGGUGAUUACACAACGUGAAAUAGAGCAUACAAGAAUGGAACGCGAUAUUCUGGCGACCAUUGCCAAGAUUCGGCAUCCCUUCUUGGUCAAACUACACCAUUCAUUUCAAGAUGCAAAUCAAUUAUUUCUCGUUCUGGACUAUCAUGUUGGAGGCGAUAUGGCAACUCAGCUGGCUAAGUUCUAUCGGUUCCCACCUGAACGAUGUCGAUUCUAUACGGCCGAAAUCCUUUUGGGCAUGCAAGAACUGCAUCGUCUCGGCGUUCUGUACCGCGAUCUUAAACCGGAAAACAUUCUGUUGGCUGCGGAUGGACAUAUUGUGUUGACGGAUUUUGGAUUAUCGAAAAUGUUCCCAUCCGGUAAUGUGGACGAUCAGCGAACACGGACCUUUUGUGGUACGGCCGAAUAUCUUGCACCGGAAAUACUUCGAUCAGAGGAUUACUCGUACGCGGUGGAUUUCUGGAGUUUGGGAACCAUUUUAUUCGAAAUGUUAACGGGUGUGACCCCUUUUUGGGCCGAAACGCAUGCUGAAAUGUACCGCCGUGUGCUGGAGGACGUACUCGAAUUUCCGGAAGACUUUGAUCCUGUUACUGCUGAUUUCAUUUCCGGACUCUUGCAGCGCGAUCCCGAUCAUCGCUUAGGGACAGGCGUUGAUGGUCCCAUCAUGAUCCGAUCGCAUCCCUACUUUGACACACUCGAUUGGGCCGAUGUUUACUAUAAGCGUGUCCGACCACCGUAUGUCCCUGAUUUACGCAGCUCAACGGACUUUAGCAACUUUGAUGCCGACUUUUUACAAAUGACCCCGCGACUUAGCCCGGUCGAUGACAAUGUGCUCAGUCAAAGCUUGGAACAAGCAUUUCAAGGUUAUUCCUACACAGGCAGCCUGUACAUGGACAAGGACCAUGACCAUCUUUACUAUCACGACAGCGACGAAGGAUACGAUUUCUAUACCGAAAGCGAUAUCCAGCCCAGUGAAUACUACGCAUCUCAAUAUGACGAAACAACGGCUACUCACCAUUAUGGAACAAGCGAGGAUCCAACGCUUUCAAGCCUCGGUGACCGUCGACCACGAAUGUCUUCUUACUCCCUCCAUUCUCCGGAUCAUGAUACAUAUUAACUUUAGACUUUCAGCUUUUCACUUAAUGUAUUUUUCUCUCUUCCUAUGUAAUCUAAUCAGAAAAAAAAAAUGAACCCCCAAUAAGAAAACAGACAAUAUCAUACAAACAAUGCCACUGCAUCCUUUUGACUUGCCCCAUAUUCCGUGCGUCCAAAAUCAGACUAUCGUAUAAUACCAUGCCUCAGAUGAGGGUCCCGAUCAGUUGAUGUCAGGACGUGCAAAUUGCUCUGUUAAAAAGAGAAGGGCAUUGUUUCAACCAAUAAACUAAAGAAAAG